AUGAUAAUAAAUAUUAUAAGGUCAACUCUUUACCUCUGUAAAGAUAUUUUUAAAAUAAAUAAUACAAAAGUGUUUUUUAUAUUUUUAACAUUUUUAGUAUUUAUAGUAUCAAAUAAUAGUUUUAAUAGUAAUAAUGUAGUAUUAGCAUAUAAUAAUAAUAUAUAUAAUAAUAAUAACUUUGUAAAUUUUUUAGAAUAUAAUAGUAUCAGUAAUUGUUCAAAUAUCAAUAGUUUUAAUGAAUAUAAUAUAAAUUUUAAUAAUAAUAAUAAUAAUAAAAUAAAUAAUAAAAUAAAUAACAAAAAUUUUGUAAAAGAAUAUAUUGUUAUGUUUAAAAAAUAUAUCGAUCAAAAAGAUCAUCAAAUUUUUUUAAAUAACAUUUUUAAUAAAGUAUCAACUAACAUAUUGGAUAGUUUCAAAUGGAAAAUAAUACCCAGAAAUAAUCCAGCAUCAAAAUAUCCAUCAGAUUUUGCAUUAGUAGAAUUUACACUACCACCCCAAGAAGAAGAAAAAAUUAAAAAUAUAGAAAUUGAUUCAAUUAUAAAUUUAUUAAAACAAGAUUCAAAUAUUAAAUAUAUAUUCCCAGAAAGAAAAAUUGAAGAAUCAAUGUUAAAGAAAUGGCAAAAUAAUGGUGAUAGUGGAAGUAGUAAUAGUAACAGCUAUGAUGAUAGUAGUAAUAGUAAUAGUGAGGAUGAAUUUAAAUCAUUAAAUAGUAGAAACAAGACAAUUAACCAUUCAAGCAGAAAAUUAGUAUCCAUUAGUGACAAUAUUCAAGUUACCGACUUAUUUAAUACUAAAAAAUUAUGGAGCGAGGGUUACUCUGGCAAAGGUGUCAAGGUGGCCAUUUUCGAUACUGGUUUAUCUAAAGACCAUCCACAUUUCAAGAAUAUAGUAGAAAUUACUGACUGGACAAGAGAAGAAAAUAGUAACGACAAUGUAGGUCAUGGUACUUUUGUUGCUGGUAUAAUUGCUAGUGGUAGUGAAAAAUGUUUAGGUUUUGCUCCAGAUUCUGAUAUUCACAUUUAUCGUGUUUUCAACUCUCAAAAAGAAUCUUUUACAAGUUGGUUUAUUGAUGCUUUUAAUCAUGCCAUUUUAACAAAGAUGGAUGUUUUAAAUCUAUCAAUUGGUGGCCCUGAUUUUAUGGAUCGUCCAUUUGUUGAAAAAGUUUGGGAAAUGUCAGCAAAUAAUAUUAUUGUUGUCUCUGCAAUUGGAAAUGAUGGUCCAUUAUAUGGUACAUUAAAUAAUCCAGCUGAUCAAUCUGAUGUUAUUGGCGUUGGUGGUAUUGAUUAUUCCGAUACAUUGGCAUCAUUUUCAUCAAGAGGUAUGACAACAUGGGAAAUACCUGAGGGAUAUGGUAGAGUUAAACCAGAUUUAGUAGCCUAUGGUAGCGGUGUUUAUGGUUCAUCUUUUAGAGGGGAUGCAUGUAAACCACUUUCAGGUACCAGUGUAUCAUCACCAGUAGUAGCUGGUGCCAUUUCUCUAUUAAUUAGUUCAGCCAAAGAUAAAUCAAUUAUUAAUCCCGCAAGUAUGAAGCAAAUUUUAAUUGAAUCAGCAGAUAGGAUUAAGGGUGCUGGCCUCUUUGAACAAGGAGGUGGUAAAUUAAAUAUAAUGGCAGCCAAGCAAUUACUCGAUAGUUACAAACCAAAAGUUUCGAUAUCACCAUCACAAAUUGAUUUCCUUCCAACAACUUCUAAUGGUAAAGAAACAUGUGGCUAUUUCUGGCCAUAUUGCACACAAAAACUUUAUCAUACCGGUUUACCAAUUAUCGUUAAUGCAACCAUUAUUAAUGGUGUUGGUGUAGCUAGUGAAAUUACAAAUGUUUAUUGGAAUGCAUCCCGUAAUGGUGACCAUUUACAGGUAUCGUUUUCAUAUCAAUCAAAUAUUUGGCCAUGGACAGGACACAUUGGGGUUUUCUUUACUGUACCUGAAGAAAGUGCUACUUUUAAUGGUGUAGCCGAGGGCAGUGUCGACAUUACUAUUUCAACACCGGGUAGUGCUGAUCAAAUUGUACGUUUACCAGUUCGUGCACAAAUCGUACCAAAACCACCAAGAGAACGUAGAAUCCUUUGGGACCAAUUCCAUAACCUUCGUUACCCAAUCGGCUUUUUCCCAAGAGAUGCAUUAAAGAUCAAAAAUGAACCAUUUGAUUGGAAUGGUGAUCAUCUUCAUACAAACUUCCGUAAACUCUAUAACAAGUUGGUUGAAUUGGGAUACUUUGUCGAAAUUAUUGGCUCACCACUAACCUGUUUUGACCCACAAAACUAUGGUACUCUUUUUAUAGUCGAUCCAGAAGAGGAGUUUUUACCAUCCGAAAUUAAAAAAAUUGAAGAAGAUGUCAGAAACUAUGGUUUAAAUUUAAUUGUUUUCGCAGAUUGGUACAACGCAGAAGUAAUGAAAAUGAUAGAGUUUUAUGACGAAAAUACCCAACAACUUUGGAGCCCAGCUACUGGUGGUGCUAAUAUUCCCGCACUUAAUGACUUCCUUUCUGUAUUUGGUAUUUAUUUUGGUGACAGUAUUUACAAUGGUGAAGUAGUAGUUGGUGAAAGAGUAGCCUCUGUUUCAUCUGGCACAUCAAUUAUUGGUUUCCCAGCAGGUGGUCAAAUUCUUGAAGCCUCCCUAACCGAUUUAACUCGUCUAAUUGUCAAAGGUAGAAAUUCGCAAUCAAAAGUACCAAUUUUAGGUUUCUUCCAACCAACAACAAUGGAAAAUGAUGAUCUUGAAGAUACAGGUCAAGUUGUUGUAUUUGGUGAUAGCAAUUGUUUAGAUGAAACUCUUCAAAAAGAUAAUUUUGAUUGCUAUUGGUUAAUUGAAGAUAUUUUAAAUAUUCUUAAACAAGGU